AGCAGCAGCAGAAUCAGCCGAAACAACCAAAGAUGUGCGCGCACAAUACAACAAAUUACAAACCAUACUUUUGGGAGCGGCAAAUGGCCAAAAUCAACAGCGAUGCUGCUGAGCGUGCGAAAUAAGCAAUAAGAAGGAAAGAGAGCUAGAGAAGGAGAGAAGGAGAGAGAGAGCGAGAGCGAAAGCGAGCGAGACAUAGAGCAACAACAACAACAACAGCUGGACACUUUCAUCCACAAGAACGGAGAGACAGAGAGACAGUAAGCGAGAGAGAGAGUGAGAGAGAGAGAGAGGACAGCGGCAGCAGCGCAUGGCCAGUGGAAAAAUGGCCAACGCCUUGCGUGGGUGCAGCCAAAAGGAUAAGCAAAGGACGAAAGCUGAAAACUGAAGCACAGAGGACAAGGACACACAGCGAACGAGCGCAACCGAGAGCGAGAGCGAGAGAGAGAGAGUGUCAGAGAGAAGCUUAACGAAAAGAGUAAGGAGGAAACGCAUUUGCCAUGGAGCCAGUGAUGAGCCUGGCCCUGGCCGCCCAUGGCCCGCCCAGCAUACUUGAGCCGCUGUUUAAAACCGUAACUACGAGCACAACGACCACAUCGACGACGACGACCACAACCACAACGACGACCAAUAGUCCGGCGCAUCUGUCGUCCACGGGGACCACGCUGCUGACAGCGCUGCUCGAGAAUCUGACAACGACGGCUGCCAGCGGUCUGUACGAUCAGUAUCCGUACGGGAAUGACACGAAUGGUACGAUGGUCUUUGAGACAAAGGGUCCACGGUACUCGCUCGCCUCGAUGGUGGUCAUGGGCUUCGUAGCGGCGAUUCUGAGCACGGUAACGGUGGCGGGCAAUGUCAUGGUGAUGAUCUCCUUCAAGAUUGACAAACAGCUGCAGACGAUCAGCAACUAUUUUCUCUUCUCGCUGGCCAUUGCGGAUUUUGCCAUCGGAGCCAUAUCCAUGCCUCUGUUUGCGGUGACGACGAUCCUCGGCUACUGGCCCCUCGGGCCCAUUGUUUGCGACACUUGGCUGGCCCUCGACUAUCUGGCCUCGAAUGCCUCCGUGCUGAAUCUGCUGAUCAUCAGCUUCGAUCGUUAUUUCAGUGUCACGCGGCCGCUGACGUACCGCGCCAAGCGCACCACCAACCGAGCGGCGGUGAUGAUUGGCGCCGCCUGGGGCAUCAGCCUGCUGCUGUGGCCGCCCUGGAUCUACAGCUGGCCGUACAUCGAGGGCAAGCGCACAGUGCCGCAGGACGAGUGCUACAUUCAGUUCAUUGUCACCAAUCAGUACAUUACCUUUGGCACGGCCCUGGCUGCCUUCUAUUUCCCCGUCACGAUUAUGUGUUUCCUCUACUGGCGCAUCUGGCGUGAGACGAAGAAGCGGCAGAAGGAUUUGCCCAAUUUGCAGGCGGGCAAAAAGGAUUCCAGCAAGCGCUCGAAUAGCAGUGACGAGAACACGGUGGUAAAUCACACAGGAGGCGGCGGCGGACUGCUGGCCUUUGCCCAAUUGGGCGGCAACGAGCACGACACCUGGCGACGUCCGCGCUCCGAGAGCUCUGCGGAUGCGGAGAGUGUGUACAUGACCAACAUGGUGUUGGAUUCCGGCUACCAUGGCAUGCAUUCGCGCAAGUCAAGCAUCAAAAGCACAAAUACAAUCAAAAAGCCAUACAACUGCCUUGGCAGCGUCAAGGAGUGGUGCAUUGCGUGGUGGCAUUCCGGGCGCGAGGACUCCGACGACUUUGCCUACGAGCAGGAGGAGCCAUCGGAUUUAGGGUAUGCAACACCAGUAACAAUUGAAACUCCUUUACAAAGCUCCGUCUCCAGAUGCACCUCGAUGAACGUGAUGCGGGACAACUACUCGGUGGGUGGCAGUGCGAGCGGCGUGCGCCCGCCCAGCAUCCUGCUGUCGGAUGUCUCGCCCACACCGCUGACGCGUCCCCCCAUGCCACUCAGCUCCAUUUCGCAGAUGCAGGAGCUGAAUGCCAGCGGAAACGGCAGUCACAACAGCAGCAAUAACUGUGCCGGAGCGGCAGGAGCGGGCACAGGGAACGGCACAGCCAUCGGGUUGGGCCUGGGCCUAGGCAUGGCCACGGCAAAUGGAACGACCAGCGGCAAUGGCAAUGCAACUGCAGCUGGCAAUGGCAGCAGCACGUUGCCGGUUAUCAAUCGCAUCAACUCCAGAUCCGUCAGCCAGGACUCGGUCUACACGAUACUCAUUCGCCUGCCCUCGGACGGAGCCUCAUCGAAUGCGGCACAAAGCAGGGCAGCGGCAGGGGCAGGGGCAGGAGGAGGAGGAGCAGCAGCAGCAGCAUCAGCCUUAGGAGAAGCCGCUGUGCCAGUUGGAGGCCAAGCCGAUUGUGCGCCCUCCAUCAAGAUGAUACAAGAGGAUGCGACACCCUCGACCAUAGCCAGCACUGUGCCACCCCCCACACUGGCGGCCACACGGAGGCCGUUGCCGUCACGAGACUCCGAGUUCAGUCUGCCCCUGGGCAGGCGCAUGUCGCACGCCCAACAUGACGCCCGCCUGCUCAAUGCCAAGGUCAUACCCAAGCAGCUGGGCAAGGCGGGGGGCGGCGCUGCGGGGCAGCACGCUCUCAUGAAUGCCCGCAAUGCGGCGGCCAAGAAGAAAAAGAAGUCACAGGAGAAGCGCCAAGAGACAAAGGCCGCCAAGACACUGUCGGCCAUUCUGCUGAGCUUCAUCAUCACCUGGACACCGUACAAUAUCCUCGUGCUGAUCAAGCCACUGACCACCUGCUCGGAGCACUGCAUACCCGCCGAGCUGUGGGACUUUUUCUACGCGCUGUGCUACAUCAACUCCACCAUCAAUCCCAUGUGCUAUGCCCUGUGCAAUGCGUCCUUUCGGCGCACCUACAUCCGCAUUCUCACCUGCAAGUGGCACACACGAAACCGCGAGGGCAUGGUGCGUGGCGUCUACAAUUAGAUCUCACACACCACAAACCCUUGCUACACCAAGAUAUAACUAGGCUAAGAUUCAGUUCUCGGGAAGACAAAACUACUUGCAGUGGCAAUAAAUGUUGUGUGCAGGAAGGGAACUGUGCGGCAAGUAAACCAAAAAUAGGCUUAGUUAUUGACCCAUUGACAAGCAGUACUGAUUUUUUGAUGUCUAGCCCUGGAUUAUAUACACAAAAUAUAUUAUAUAUACACACACCACUGCUUCGGGAGGGUUGCUCAGUCCUUCAAAGAUUCGCUUAUCGUUCCCAAAGAUAUGCGCCCAAUGUUCAUCCUUCGACUCGAGCAACCCCCUCGAUAUUUAGCUUAAACAAAUUCCCAAACAGUUGAGCGUUGAUCAUGGCAGAGAUGGGUUUAAAUUGGGUUUGGGUUUUCCAUUUCUGUUGGGUACUGUUUAGGUAGGCGGACAAAAAGAAUUUAAUACAAAUAUAAUGGAUUACGAUUUGGAGUACAUACAAUACAUAAAGUACAUUGCAUAAAUACAU